AUGAAGUUCACCGCAAUUUUGGUCUUUGCAACAUUUUUCGCCUUCACUUCAUCGGCACCUACUCCUGCUGCGAAUGAUGUUGAAGAGCCGAUGGUGAAGAAAACCGAGCAGAUGCUCACCGUGGAGGCCUUCGAUGGGUACAUCGGGUUGCUGAAGAUGUUCAAGGAUAUGUUGCCGCUGGAUAUUAUUACGACGAUAGAUAAUCUGAACAUCACCCAGAAAGGAGAAGUCGUGAGCUUCCUAUCCAACUGGUUCCAGGAUCGAAUUCAGCGCCCAAAUACCACCACUGAAAUUGUCAGUGUGCUCCGCGAGCAUCUUCCAUCCGUCUUCGACAAAAUCCACUCUUACAAUGAAACAUUCUACACAAAAUUCAAUAACUUGAAGCCAGAAACCCAAGCUCUCCUGCGUGAAUGGCGUGAAAAAGCAGUGGAUCUUCUCGGAGAUCAACGACCAGCCGGCGAAACCGCAGGCCAAAACCUCCAGCUACUUCGCGACUUUGCCAUGAGCAUUCGAGAUGUAAAAUCUGAAAUUCGGGAUGACUUGAGGACCCAAUUUCCUCAGGCGGUGUCGUUGACCGAAGGGCUCGGAUUCACUGUGUUCACGACGAUGAUCAUGGUAGUUCAGAAGAUUGUGGAGACGGCGGCGGCGGUGAAGAAUCAGGCGGUGCUGGCCACUGGAUUGCCAGUGGAGUGCGCGCUUCCAUUGGAUUAAUGUUUUUUUUUUUUUUUUAAUUUAAAAUUUUAAAUUUUGCCAUCUAUUUUUAAUCUAAUAAACAAUUUCAUUUU